CUGCCGCCCUCCUCGCCCCGGAGCGGCUCCCGGGGGAGCUGCCGGUGCCGCGGCGGGGCGGGGGCAGCCCGGCCUCUGCGGCGCGGCGAUGUGGCCCAGUGGAAACCCGGGACUUGGUCACGUACCCUGUGUGGAGAAGGCAGCUGCCUGCUCCUCGUCCGGUCUGAUGGCGUUGUCAGACUCGGUCACUACUUGUCUUUCUCCACCUGUGCAUUAUGUGAUUUGCAAACUUGGAUUUGAGAAGAAGGACACCUAUGGUAUUAAUAAUAUUUUAUCUGAAAAUGAUGAAGUAUGUUGGCAAGCUGUUACAGAGCAUGUGUGUUACCUUGAAUCAGAUCAAAGUGUGGAUUAUAUCAAAAGCAUACGAUCAUUAGGACCUGUAUGUGAAUCUGUUAAUUUGCACUUGAAAUCUCUGACCAAGGAGCAAUUUGUAACUCAGUAUGCAUUAUGGUUCCACUGGACGAACUGCACAGAGUUAUUUCUUGAAGUAUUUGAUGUUCUACAAGAUACUGAAACUACGGAAGUUGCUCUUGGCUUAAUGAAACUAACAUCAUGCUUGGAGCGAGCCUUGGGUGAUGUGUAUUUACUCAUUGGUAAAGAUUGCCCUUUCCUUCUAAGAGACUUGCUUGCUUCUGAACAGCUUGCAGUUGUCUUUGGACAAGCUGUAAUGAAUGUACUGAGGGUAUUCAUUGGAUCUCCGUAUGGUCUGAAUCUUCGUAACGUUUUAUGGCAUGGGUUUGCAUCCCCACAAGAAAUUCCUGCAAAAUAUUGUGCUAUGCUGCUUUUUUUAACUGCAGGAUUGGGUCAGUUGUUACAGACGUAUCUUAUGCAAACUAAAUGCAUUCUAGUACAUCGACCUUAUGUGACCUUCGUGAGCUUAGAUGAGCUUGGCGUAUUUCCAGAUCUUAAUCAUGAAACGCUUUCCAUAGCUGAAGAGCUAGUAAAACUGUCCAGUUUUGUAUUAAAAACAAUGUUACCGUUUUGGAUGGCUGCUUUAACAGCUUUCAAGCAAAGCAGGUAUGCUGACUGUGUGAUUCUCUUACUUCCUCAGCUGGAAGUUGGACUUAGGUUGCUCUUCACUACAACUAAUAAAUGUCCAAAUCGAUUGCUAACAGCUGAGCCUUCUGCUCUCUACACCACUUUUGAUGAGAUGCUAGCAAAGCAUUUGGAUAAUGAAGAAGUCAACCAGCUUCCUGCAGUUCUUCAGGAACCUGCCAUGGAAUUUCUUUGGGAUUUCUUGAACCACCAGGAGGGUCCACGUAUAAGAGAUCGUUUAAGCCAUGGAGAAAUCAAUCUGGAAGCAUUUCCCAGAGAAGUAGCUAAUCAGAUAGUGGCAUUUGCAAUUACUCUCCUCUGCAGAUUCUCGGAUGAGGACACGUUUGCUUUUAAGGAACACAUGGUCAUAAAACCACUGAUGAACUGUGCAAGUUGCUACCGUUCUCAAUUUCAUCCAAUUUCCCGACUCAAGAAACAGGUGCUGGAAUGUAUGAAGAGCAUUCACUUAUGGCCUGAAUUGCCAACAGUGCCUGAGGAACAUGUUCAAACGAUUAAGGGGUUGGAAGGAAAUGCUGUAGCUAGUACUUUAAUUUUGGUGAUAUCCGAAAUUGUAUCUCAGUUGCAGCAAUACAUGCCCCAGAAUUUCUAUAGUUCAGAUGAUACAAUCGAUAGUGUCCUAACAGAGAGGCUGUUGAUUGAACUUUGUGAUACGCAUAUUUGCACACUUUAUUCUCCAAGACCUGUUCUGGAAACAGUGGUGGUAUUCCGUAAAAUAAGCACACAGUGCCAUCAAGUGUCUGAAAAAGUUAUUGCCAGCACUGAGUUGAGAUACAAACAGUGGAUGAAUAAGACUCUACGUUCUCGCCAGAGGCAUAACUAUCUACGAAUGUUGAACAGCAUUAAAUUUUUAUCUCCAGUGUUGCGGCUCAUCUUAGUGUUGAUUACUCUGGAACUAGUCAAUGUUCAUUUGGUUUCUAAGAAGAAUCCUUUUGAAUAUCAGCAGUAUCUAAAGUUUUUGAAGUCAAUCUUGCAGUAUACUGAGAACUUGGUGACAUACACAAGUCCCGAGAAAAACAAGUGGGAUGAAACCAUGGAGCUUACAAACAAGACUUUGAUAAGAAUAAGGAAAAUCAGUGACAGAAAGCUAAUGCUAAUGCAGCUGGCUACAUAAAUUAAACAGAUUUAAGAUUAUUUGGGCAUUGUUAUAUCUUAAGAGUUCUGGAGUCCUCAGAUUUGACAAGUCUAAUUCAAAGAUAAACUUUAUCAGUCAUUGUGAAAUUUUGGAUGCAAAAUUUAGUCUUUGUAUUAGAAGGUGGCUGUUGAGACUGGCGUUGAACGUUCAAGCUUCCGAAGAAUGGACUAUUUGCCAAAUCCAGUGAAAAAGACUUACUGUGAGCUAAAUCAGGAUGAUGCAAGUUCUACUUCAAGUAUAUUAUGUGUUUUGUAGCUUGAAUGGUUUUUUUUGUAGUUUUCUGUUAUACUGAAAAUAUCUAAGAAAAGAGUGUGAAUAAAAGUUCUGGGAAAUUUUAAAUCCAAAAAGUAAUUUUUUUACUUUGAAAUAUACUGGAAAUAGUGUCAGACACUGUGAUCUACAGGUUAAGAAAUUAUGAGCAUUUAGCAUAAAGUAGUGCUCGUUGGCAGCUGUGGUUGUUAUUAUUAGUUCAUAACAGAGUCAGAUCUCGCACUGAGGUAGAGCUGAUAGCACAGUAACCAGUUGUUUAUAUACCAGGAUUUAAAGGAGGCAGGGUGGAAUAACUUUUGCACAGUAUGUGUUUCUUUUGUUUAAUUUCAUCUGCUUAUUCCCAAUACAUAUCUAGUUAGUUAAUUUCAUGCAGAUUAAAUAUGAACACACACAUGUUCACAGACAUAUUUAUUGUGGUUCAAAAAGUUAUCAUCUUGUUGCAAACAACAUUCAUUUGAAUAAUUUAUUUUUUCAAAAUAAAUUCUCCCCCUUUCUCAUCCGCAAAGAGUAGAAUUUCAAAGGAAUGCAUCAGUUGAAGAACAGAUUCACAGAAGACCACCAAUCUCUAUCGAUUUGCUUUUUCCUAUGGAGAGUAAAACCAGAGGGUAGCGUCUGGAGAAUGUUUGGCUCUACAAAAGAUUAGAGAUUCAAGUUACAUUUUAAUAAGAUUCUUUGCAAUGUUUCUUGACUGGAAAUCACAGUGAGAGAGUUACUAGUUUGGUUUAUUUGGUGUGGGGGAUGGAUAUAAACUAAGAUCAUAUUGCUUCCUUUAUGCUACUCUUGCAAUAUAUUGUGUGUGUGUUUGAAAUUUAACUAUGUCACCUUCCAAGGAUUUUUUGUUACUAUGGAACUAAAUAUGUGAAGAAGUGUGGACUAGAUAAAAACCAUUAAAACUGGGAAUAGAGAAUAAUGAAUCAAA